UGAGUCUCCUUUGCCUCUCCCUCUACAAUGGCCAAAUUCUUCGAUGAUAGCACGUCUGUCACCAAUUUCAAGCCACUACCACCCUCGUAUGACGCACUUUCGAGGUCUGUUUCACUGGCAGCAGAUGAUUCCGUCCAAUGCAAACGAUCUGUAUUUUCCUUUCUACGAUCCAACCAGAAACCGAGUACUACCGUUCCGAGUACCACAGUUCUACCUACAAUUCUACCGUGAAAUUGUCUCCUCUCCCGAUUUCACGCCUUCCUCUGUCGCCCAAAUCGUCAACUCCUGCGCUGCUGCUCUCCCAACGAUAGCAGAAUUCACCAACCUCUUGCAACAACCCAAUAUUGAGGGCCACAUGGCGCUGUACUUGGCGAUCGUAAAUAACCAACGGGAAGUCCUUUCGGCGUUUACUAAAUUCAUUUCCGAAUUCUCGCCUGAUUGUUCUUCCGACUUGCGUCUUGCAUCCAUGGGAGCUAGCGAUCACGGAAUGUUCAUGCAGCUAAAUUUGGGAAGCAAUCUAUCGCAAGAUGAGUCUUUGAGACGUUUUUUGGGUUGUCCACCACAUGAAAUUCAAGUGCAUGAAGGGGGUGGACUGAGCGAUAGCCACUUCGUUACUUUGUUCCACUUCAGGGUGCUUCAGAAACGCCUACGCAUCACACAGAAAUUGGGCGUUAAGUUUGUAGCCCGGGGUCGUAUAUAGAUUUUGCGCUUUUAUUUGGACCGGAGGGGAUGUGGCGCGUUGCAUAUCAUCUUUCUGAGCAUAGCUUUCCAGUGCAUCCAGACACCGUAUCUCUGAUAGAGGCCCAAAUAGGGCCGCCUGACGCGACCUUAGCACCUCUAAGCAUAAAGAUGUGAUGUUUAUCAUACACGCUCGUACCUGAGGGGUAGGUUUAUUA